AUGUCAGAAAAGUCAAUCAUUGUUGGAAGAGACCCUAUUGUAGAUGAAAGCAGAUGUUAUGAGUCUCAUAAGAAUAUGAAAGUUGAAUCGAAGAGAUAUAGGGACUGGGGAACUCUAAGAUAUGCUUUACGAUCUGUGGAGAAGUAUGCCAACUGGUUUCGACACGAAAUAUUCAAAAAUUCAAGCCAUCUUCCAACUUUUAAUGCACAAGCAAUUGCUUGCCACAUUCACCGUAUCCCAGGCUUAGCCCAGCACUUCCUAUAUAUGAAUGAUGACUUUUUCGUUGCUAACACAGUUGAACUUGCAGACUUUUAUACAAAAGAAACUGGUUACAAAGUUGCUGGCAUUUCCCCACAGCUUGGUCUCAUAUGGGAUGUCUGUGGGCAAAACUUUCUGGCGUACUUCUUCCAGAUAGAAACCGCUCUGCAGGAUGUGGAAUGGUAUUUGUUCCUCUGA